AUGGAAUACUUUUCGUCAUUUUUCUUUCGAGUUAAUAUUUACGAUGAAUCGCAAAGAAGAUAUCAUGAUUAUGGUCGUUUCGUUAUUGAUCGAUUACUUCAAGAAGCUUUUCGAUCGAAUAACAUUAAAGUCACGCACCGUUUUUGUUCGUAUAUAUACGUUGAUUAUAAAAAGGAGGAUACCUUGAGAGAUGUUUUGAUGACAUGUAAAACAUGGUUUCAGCCUUUCAUUAAAAGGUUGAAAAAAUUAGAUGAGGAAAAAAGGAAGAGAUGGAAGUUAAAUUAUAACGGUUAUCAUUCGGAAGACGCGGUGAAAAAUUAUUUAAUUGAUAAUAUUGAUAAGAUUUUACCCGGUUUUCAUUAUCUUGUUGACUUUGAAUGGUGUAUUAAGAAAGGUUAUCAAUACUAUGAUCAUUAUGGAGUUGGUGAUCUGGUUUUUGGAUCGGAGCAUGGCGUUUACAUUAGAAUUGAAACGAAUUGUCUUAACACGAAUUCCACACGAUCAACCAGAAAUGUCUCUAAAAAUAAAGUUAAGAAACAAGUCAAAACAUAUAAGGAAUCCUCAGAAGAGAAAUUUGUGAUAAAAGUUAUUGAGGCUUCAUACAUAAAUGAUACGCUCAAGUUUAUAGAUGAUCAAGAUCGAGAAAUCGCAAAGUUUAUUGAAUAUCAUUAUCAUAGUAAACGACAGAAAAUGGGGAAUAUUGGAUGUGGUGGUUGUGACAGUGGCAAUCUUAAUUUUUUUUACGUGGAUUUUCAACCAAGACAAGUUUGA